AUGCAUUUUCUGUCACCUCUAGAAAGACACGUAAAGCAACAAAAAUACCCCCAAUCAUUCAGUAGGAAAACAAGUAAAUUUAAUGAAUUAAGUACAAAUACAUAUAGUUAGCAAAAAAAAAAGCACACAAUGGACGCUGGCACAUGGUACCGUUCCCUGCCCCGCUUCACCCGCUACUGGCUCACGGCCACCGUCGGUCUGAGCCUAAUCUGCCGCUUCAACAUAAUCCCCUUGUAUUGGCUCCAUCUGGAUAGAUCUGCCGUCUUUGGCAAGCUGCAGCUCUGGCGCUGCGUGACGUCACUGUUCGUGUUCCCGAUCUCGUCAAAUACGGCCUUCCACUUCCUCAUCAACUGCUUCUUCAUCGUGCAGUACAGCUCCAAGUUGGAGAAGGAUCAGUAUGGACGAAGUCCGUCGGACUACUUGUAUUUGCUGAUCGUGUCGGCGGUGCUGUCGAACAUUGGCGGCAUGCUAUUCAACGUGUACUUCCUCAUGGACAUGCUCGUCCUGGCGAUCACGUAUAUCUGGUGCCAGUUGAACAAGGACGUCACAGUGACCUUUUGGUUUGGCACACGCUUCAAGGCCAUGUACCUGCCAUGGGUGCUGGGCUUUGAGUUCAUCUUUCAUUUCUCCCUUGCCUCGCUGGUGGAUUUUAUCGGCCAUGUGUACUACUUCUUCAAGUUCCAGUACUCACAAGAUCUGGGUGGCACGGCCCUGCUGGAAACUCCUCAAUUUUUGAAGCGUCUUGUGCCGGAUGUAUCCGGCGGUUUUGGUGGCUUUGGAGUGCCGCCCGAGAGCAGGGCACCACCGCGACAGGCACCCGAAAGUCCCUGGGGCAGAGGCAUGUCUCUGGGUCGGAGCUAGGCCUAGCAACUGAUCACUUUACCUACCUAAAAUCUUGACGUUUUUUAUGGUUUGGUUUCCCCAUCUUUUUGCGAGACCAAGCUCCUUAUAUACACUCAGAUCCUCUGCAACAGCAAUAAGUUAACGUGUUGUGUCUACUAAUGAUGAAAUUAUAUUGAUAUAUGUUUGUACAUAUAGAAAACCAUAAAGAAACGGCGACGAGUA